AUGCCCAGCUCGAAGGUGUCCAUUGACAUCCUUUCCUAUGAUGCCAAUAAACCUACAAAAUCUCUGAAUUCCCCCUUGUUGGGUCCACUGGGAUCACUCAGCGCUUGCCGGCAUCGACUGGCUUUUGGAGGAAAGGGGAACGACAGAGCUUUCAAGCUCAGCGAAUACAUAGUGAGCCCGUUAAGUGAGCGGAUCAGCAAAAUUCAUACCACAUCAUUCGGAAUUAAAUCUGUUGCCUGUGGUGCUGAGCACACCCUCGUACUGUCGGAAGAUGGACGCCUAUAUUCUACUGGUAGCAAUGAGCAUUGUCAGCUGGGCCGAUCGAUUUCUGAAGGCUCGAUUGAUUCCGAGCUUGCUCCUGUUGCUUGUAUGCCCGUGGAGCCCAUAGAGUCCAUUGCAUGCGGGUAUUUCUGUUCAUUCGCCGUUACGGUCAAUGGAGAGCUUUGGGCGUGGGGAGAUAACAGAUAUGGUCAGCUAGGGAUACCAUCAUCGCAUGCUGAGAGCGUUCAAGAGCCAGUGAUGGUAUCGAUAUCGCCAACCUUCAAUGUCAAACAAGUAUCAUCAGGCUUCGCUCAUACCUGGGUUCGAAGUCGAGAGCCCAAUCAAUUGGCGUCUACUGGGAAUAAUCAGCAUGGCGAGCUAGGUACCGGUGAUCGGGUGUCGCUGGACGGCGGAUGGAACUUAUUGCAGAGCACGGUCCCCAUCGAGAGCAUAUCUUGCGGGAACUGGGUGACAGUGCUACUCACCUCCCCAGGUGACGUUUUCCAAGCCGGUGUUGGUCCGAGUCCCAUAAGCGAGCCGAAGUUGCAACAGUAA